AUGGUGAAUGACCCAGAUGGUGCACGUUUCGUUUCUGGCGCCAACUUGCUCGCCAUGAACGGAACUGCUUCACUGCUUGGAAAUACCACGUACAAUACCAUUCCUAAUUUCUUCACUCGUCGUCGUCCGAAAUAUGACGACCUAGGAAAUAUUCAAGUCAUGGAUUUCUUCAGCAUAUCUGAAAAUGUCUAUGCGUGGACUGCCGACCAUAAUCUCGAUGUUUAUGCAGCUCGCGGCAUUCUGGUUGAAAGUCAGGGUCCUACGUGGCUGUAUGGGACAGCUUCGGAGCACCAGGUUCUCUAUUAUUAUGAGUUGUAUCAAACCAAAGAAAUUGGCAUGGGCAUGAUUCAAACCGAGUCUCCCUAUUUCCAGCCAGUCCCCGUUUCACCCUUGCCAUUUACGUCUGGUCUAUUUCCCGAAGAUCCAGAUUUCAUGGACUGUACUUUUAUUUCUGAUACCUGUGCUUUCUCAUGGGGUGUUGGAAUAAUGGACUCUUCAUCUGUCUAUCUCCUUGUUAGUCCUCCGACUAUUCGCAGACAUGUGUAG